ACUCCUGCCCCUGUUAGACGACAGGUAACCCACAACCCUCCGCCUCAGUUUCACAUCACCUGGGCCUCUCAGCUCUCUCCUGUCGAUCUAUCGUGAGGAUGAAGUACCUCGUGAUCUUUCUGGUGCUGUCGCUGGUCGUGCUCAUGGCCGAACCCGGGGAGGCUUUUUUCAGGCAUAUCAAAGCCAUGUUUAGAGGUGCAAAGAAAGGAUGGAGAGACUACAGACAACAGAAAAAGCUGAGGAGGGCUGAACGUGAGGGAGCUGCACAGCAGCAGGAAGGCAACGACGACGCACAACCUCCAUAUGUCGAGAUAUGGAAAUGAUUUUAAUCUAUGGUUCGGUACAGGGAUCGAUGCCAUUUGAAUAAUCUGCUCUGCGCUUCGCAAUGUAAUUAAUACACAAAAGGAUGCUUUUCGGGUUUGGACACAAGUUCAACGCCUCGCUCUUGCUACUUCCCUGUUGAAUAAAACUGCAAAUCAAAAAGUCAAA